AACGACUCAAUAUAACAAGCUACUGAAAAAUAACCCUUGCAUGGGAAGGAGCACCUGUUGCUUUUUUGUAUUUGCGUCACAGGAACCACAAAUAUUGGUCGUUUCUGAAUCAUCGAAGAAACCAGUUGCAUUUGAAGGAAAUUUAAAAAAAACAACAGGUAGUUGCAUGUCGAUUUUUUUGCGUUGCGGAUUCGAUACCCGCCGUGCACGUUGUGCUUUCGAGACCUUCCCCACUUCACUCAGGUGGUACCUGACUUCAGUCGGGGAAGUAAAAGACUACUAGUACAUUUACCUUCUGUAUCCUGUAUGUGGUAAAGGUGAAAUAAGCUACUAAUUUGAGUGAAGUGCCGCAUUAUCCUCGUUCCUCCAAAAGCAAAUAAAACAGUGUGAAAUAUUGUAUUCUUUGCAGCUGGUAGUAGCAAACAGGUGGGUAUUCGUCAAUAAACAUGAUAGCCAGACUUCGCAACAAGAAGCGAUCUCAGCCCGCCGUGUGAGCAAGACAACCGAAAGACAAGCGACAUGCAGAACAUUUUCACUGCAGCGAUACUUUGGGGUGCCAUGUCCUUGGUGGCGGCUAGGAACCUUCCUCGCAACCUGUAUCAGUUCGUUACGCUGAUAGAGUUGAUGACAGGGCGGGACGCAUGGGACUACAACAACUACGGGUGCUGGUGCGGCUCGGGGGGCUCUGGAACACCCGUGGACAGGAUAGACUUUUGUUGCUUGAAUCACGACCGGUGCUAUGACGAUCUCAUAGCAAACGGCUGGAGUCCACACUAUGUGACCUACGACUGGACGCAAUAUGAUAUCGGCAUCGGUUGUGAUGAUCCUUACCCCUCAUCUGACCGCGGUGCCUGUGAAUGUGAUCUGGCAGCCGCCCACUGCUUCUCCCACUUCCCUUAUCCAGACACAGGGAAACCGGCUUGUCCUGAUCAAAGCACAGGACUGCCUGGCUGUUUCGACUCUGACCCAUCUCUCUGUAUCGCAAUUGGUUAGAAAGCAAUCAUCUUAUUGUCUCAUUGACGUAUUACUGCGAGUGGGUACCGUAAAAGAAAUCCGACCCAAAAUAACGACUGCAUGGACGCGUGUUUUCAGCGGUGAGAAAUUCCCUUUUAGCCACCAUGUAAAACACGUAUUAUAACAUAGAAGUCUAUGUGGAGAAAAAACUCAUCAAUGAUACCUUAAUAUCAUUUUCAUUCGAGAAAAUUCUAUUAAUAAACUAUUGCAACAACAUAAUAAUGUGGAAUCGUGUAUUUUACAUAUUUCAUAGCCUAUAAGACAGGUUGAUAUGGUUUUGGUUUAGUUGGCAUUUAUUUGUUAAGUUACCGUACACCUAACACAAAUCAACGCGGGCGUCUCAAAUAUAGCGGUUACAAACAUUGUCAACCCCGUUUGAAAUAUAACGAAAUCGUUUUCCGUUAUGGUUUGAAUCAAAAGAUAUCAUUAUAAGACUUUAAAGGCAAUGAGACAGGCCUUUCGUCAAGAAGAAAUUCCCUCUGUGAUAAGUGUUCCUGCGUCCCUUAUAAUUAUAUUCUACCAUCACCAUGGGUGGGAUAUCAGUUUCGAAUAAUUGCAGAAGCACAGUCGUAGACUUCUAUGUGUGACAGAAAAGAAAAACAUUAAAAAAUCUAUUUGCUAAAACAUGCUCCUUUCUUGUUAUACCUUUCUUCAAUUGUGCCAUUUACCUAAUCGCAUCCCCAAAUUUUCAAUGGACUGGUCUCAAGUUAUCUUUGUUAUUGUGUUACGACCUGAAGAGCACUUGACAUAGUCAUAAGUGGUCCUUGAUAUAUUUUUGGUCGUCACACUUCAGUGUCAUUCGCUUGGAGGUAUACAGACAUAUCCGGGUAGAAACAUCCCGAGUAUAGUAAAUUUGCUGUCAUUUUUCUUUGCACAGUUGCAACGUUAGUAUUACUUCAACAGUUAUCAAAAUGUACGCUCUCUGGAGAAGCAGAACUGUGUUCAUAAUUCUCUGCACAUCAUUAUUUUGGUUGUUUGUAAACUUCGUGCUGCUGAGGUACCAAGGAGGUCACAAAAACAGGAACGCAGAAUCAUCGAGAGAGAUUUUACACGGUCUUACAACAACGAAAGGAGUCGUCGACCAUCGGGUUUCUUCGGCAACUCUCCGGAAAUUCGCUUUCACCGAAGAUACGAAGUAUAACGAAGAUUUACGGAAGGUCCCUACGUACACAACGAUGGCGAACACGCCUGCGCACCAGAACGCAACGACUCAUAAGGUUCUGAAGUUAGACGCCACCACCAUGCCCCGGAACCAGCGGGCCCCGGGUUCCGGAGGUCUGCCUGUGUCAGAACGGAGAACACGGGGGCACGAGAAGGAGAUAGAGGCAGGAUGGGAGAGGUCAAAGUUCAACGAGUUCGUUAGCGACUUGGUGUCGCUGGAAAGAUCACUACCGGAUACACGACCUGUCAGGUGCCACAAGGCCCAGGUUCUGGACAACCUUCCCACUACCAGCGUGAUCAUCUGUUUUUGUGAGGAGGCCAUGUCCACACUGCUCCGGUCGGUACACAGUGUCAUCAACCGCUCACCGCCACAUCUUCUCAAGGAAAUCAUCCUAGUGGACGACGCCAGUACUGCAGCAUAUCUAAAGGAGGACCUAGACACGUACAUGUCCAAGUUUCCACAGGUGAAAAUUGUACACCUACCGGAGAGGGAGGGACUGAUACGUGCUCGUCUGCGCGGAGCAGAGAUUGCGACAGGAGACGUCCUAACAUUUCUGGACUCCCAUAUCGAGUGUAACGUGGGUUGGCUGGAACCGCUACUGGACAGGAUAGGCCGAAACAGGACCACAGUUCCCUGUCCGUCUAUAGACAGGAUCAACGACAACACGUUUGGAUACGAGGCAGCCAAUGAGAACAUGCGAGGCGGGUUUAACUGGGGGAUGAAGUUUGACUGGGUGUCCCUGCCUCCCGGGGAGGACGACAGGAGAUAUCAGGACAUCUGGUCACAAAAUGAGAUCAUCAAGUCCCCGACGAUGGCCGGGGGACUGUUCUCCAUCGACAGGCGGUUCUUCUGGGAGCUGGGCGGGUACGAUCCGGGCUUCCAAAUCUGGGGCGCGGAGAACCUGGAGAUAUCCUUUAAAAUCUGGAUGUGCGGAGGGAGCCUCGAGAUCUUGCCGUGUUCUCGCGUGGGUCACGUGUUCAGAAGAGCCAACCCUUACAAAUUCGGCGAGGCCGCCAGCCGCCUAACGGUUUUCUACCGGAACUGCAUCCGCUUGGUGGAAGUUUGGUUGGACGAAUACAAGGAUAUUUUCUACGCCUUGAACCCCCACGUUGAGAAUGAGAUCGCCAACGCUGGGGACGUCUCGGACCGUAAGCGCAUGCGCGAGCAGCUUGGUUGUAAGAGUUUCCAGUGGUACAUAGAUCACGUAUACCCGGAAAUCACCAUCCCAGACCUGCGGGCCAAGGCACGAGGGGAGGUGAAAAACCGGGCCAUGUCGCUGUGUCUGGACGCCAUGUACGGGGAGAAGGUCGGGGCGUACUUCUGUCAUGGGGAGGGGGGGCAGCAGGUCGCAACGUGA